AUGCAUCUAUCGAUUAAAAAGGACAUUUCACAGGCAUUGACAUAUAAGGAGAAGGAUAUAGGCAAUAAAACAUCACCUUGUGAUUAUCCUCCACGAGAGUUUUCCACAGAGCCGAAUACACAGAAUCCAAUACCUGAACUCUCAUUAAAAAUAGUAUUAUGUAAAGCCAGUAGUUCACCUAGUGCACAAUACAGAUGGACGAAGGACGGAACAUAUAUCACAGAGUACAAUGCAUUGGACUAUUCACAUAGAAUGUUGUCUGUUAAUAGAACUGAUGCUGGAAUUUAUAGAUGUAUUGCAAAAAAUUAUCUAGGUGCUAUACGAAGCAAAGGGACAAAGAUAGUCAUUGCUUAUAUUGAUAAUUUUGAAUCUCAUACAACUCAGACAGUUAAUGUGUUGUCAGGGGACGGUGUUGUGAUUAACUUACCUAGUAUAAACUCUGUACCCGAUCCAGCUGUAUCAUGGUAUGCAAGUGGUGUUAAAAUGGCACAAGAAGCACAGAGGCAUCAAGUUACACUUGAAAAAAACCUAGUUCUAUUGAGCACAGGUAUUCAUUCUUAUAAUGGGAAAAUGUAUAAAGCAGUAGCUCUAAAUGGUAUCAAUGGAGUCAGUAGAACAACAAAGGAAUUUGCCCUCAGAGUUGGAGACACAGGGGAAGGAGUUACAAAACCACCAACCUUACUAGUUGGUCCUAAAAAUACUACUGCCGAGACAGGUAAUCGGUAUUCAAAGCUAGAAUGUAUUUAUAAUGCCAGACCUUUAUCAGGAUUACAAACAAAAUGGUACAAAAAAGGAUCUCAAAGAACAGAAAUUGUCGCCAAUAAUAAGUAUAUAUUCAACACAGUAUAUAAACGUGUAUUGACAAUCAUAGAUCCAGAUCUUAGUGAUGCAGGCCAGUAUGAAUGUGAGGCAGUGUUUGUUAGUAAUGGACAAUCUAGUACCAAGACAUCAGAUGCUUACUUAACUGUUAAUGAAGCUCCUUUGAUUACAUCACAGAUACAGAGUCAGUAUCUUAGAGAUUUUGGACAAUCAAUACAAGUUGACUGUCUGGCAACAGGUAACCCACCUCCUACAAUCACCUGGUACUUUAAUGCACAGCCAGUAUCUUCUGUUGGAAACAUCAGAUUAAGCGUAACUCAGAGUGGAUCAUUAAAGAUAGACAACUUAGAACUGAGUGAUGCAGGAGUGUACCAGUGUUUUGCUUCCAAUACAGCAGGAGAAACAAAAAUAUCAACAUGGAUUAAAGUAGACCAAUCGCCACCAAUGUUCAUCUCAUCACCACUGAAUCUGACAUUAGUAGAAGGAGCAGACGCUAGAUUUCCUUGUGAAGUUUCUGGAGCACCUACACCUGUUAUUAUAUGGAAUAAAAAACUGGACAGUAUAGAAUCUGAAGUAACAACUGGUGGCAGGUACCAGAUAAGUCCAACAACCAAAGAGUUACUGAUCAUUACAGCAGAGACUAGUGACUCAGCUUUAUUCUCAUGUAAUGCUUCAAAUAGCCACGGGAGCAUUUAUGCUGAAGCUAACCUCAAUGUUUAUCAGAGAACUCAAAUAACGCAACCCCCACUAGCCUUUACAGAAUUGGAAAAAGGAUCUGUAGCCUCACUUCAGUGUGGAGUGUCACAUGACGUGAAUGUCAACAUAACCUGGAAGUGGUAUCAAGGUGUAGUAGAGCUCAAUCCAUCAGCAAGAGUAACAAUAGAACAGGAUGGCACAUUGACGAUCCUUGGUGUUUAUUGUGAAGACAAUGGAGUCUACAGAUGUCAAGUUUUAUCUGCAGGUGGUAAUGAUGAGAGAUCUGCUAACCUUAAAGUUAUAGAUGUUUCAAAUGACGAAAAUUUAUAUGAAUAUGUUUAUGCAUUUGGAGGUGCUGUUGUAUUUGGUAUGGUUUUACUCGGCUUUUAUUACAAGAUAAAGUGUUAUAAGUCGCAAAAUAUAAUCAUCAGUAAUGAUCCUGGUACAAAUCAACCAUCAGAGGUGAACGAAAUUGAAAAUGUUUAUGACGAAAUUGAUGAAUUGGCUCUGGACGAUAUGAAUCAACAGCCUCAGCGCUUUAGUUCUAGUAUUGAGGAUGAUUCUAGCAACUCGUCAGGUACAAACAAGAGUGGUACGUCGAACAACGAAGGUUACCUUAAUCCAUACCAACCUAUAAUACACAAUACAGAUACCCACACAUACAGCUUGACUUCAGCUGCAGUUUCGUCUACCGACGAGAAAAUAGAUAUAUGCAAGGAAAUGUGCAAUCAAAUCUACGUCAAUGUCAAACAAGAUGAAAAUACACAGAAAUGUUUAAAUAACACAGCCUCGCAGUCCCACAAUACUUCUGACAUUCCAAUUGAUACCAAUUCUGUAAUAAUUAAUUUAGAUAGAUAUGAAAACACGCGCAUCUUUUAA